AUGAAUGUUGUGCGAGAGAUCAACAAGAUAAACGAGCUCGAGCUCAAUCUCAAUACAACUGGGUCCUGGCACGACGAUUACAAGGAUUCUGCGUAUAUCUUUGUUGGAGGUCUGCACUCCGACCUUACAGAGGGCGAUGUAAUAGCUAUCUUUUCUCAAUAUGGCGAAGUUAUGGAUGUUAACCUUCCUCGAGAUAAGGAUACCGGGAAGACGAAGGGCUUCGGAUUCCUCAUGUACGAGGACCAAAGGUCAACCGUCCUGGCAGUGGACAACCUCAAUGGGGCGACCGUACUGGAGCGCACCUUGCGUGUGGACCAUGUGAAGAACUACAGGCAGCCCAAGGUCAAGGGCGAAGACGGAGAGAUGGUUGAGCGCGAGGAGCAGAGUCUGAACGCGAGACCAGAGGCGAUCAUGGACGACGACGCUGCGUCUGAGUCUCCAGAAUCCUCUCAGCCUCCUAUCGAUCCCGAGGACCCGAUGUACGAAUAUCUGGUAGCAAAGCGUAAAGAAGAGAAGGCGUUGAAGAAAGCGGAGAAAUCCAAGUCGAAGUCGAAGUCGAAGUCGAAGGGGAAGCACAAGGACGAAACGCCAGAAGAAAGACAUGCACGGAAGGAGCGCAAAAGGAUGCGCAAGAAUUUGGGAAAGUCAGAGGGUAUGAAAGGGGUGGAGAAGUUACUGAACUCACUCCAAGGCAGAGACAGGGCAGAACGAGAUACCCGCAGAUACAGUAGUCCACCGCCCGACCGGAGCAGGUCUCGAAGCAGGACGCCCCGCCGUGAGAGGGUUAUCGAGGACCGUCGCUAUUCGCCCGAGAGAAGGUCACGGACUCGAUAUUCCGCACGGGAAGAAGGCUCGCAUCGCAGGUUGCGUUCAAGAUCACGUUCCCCUACGAGGUUUCACGGCGACGAGCGUGCGAGCGGACAUGAUGAUAUGGACGACGACAGCAGACCACCAAUGCGAAAACGUAUGGGUUACGACUGA